AUGGCUAGAAUCAGUGAUGCCCAACCCGGAAAGCUGAAGGAAUACUUCACUCUAACCCAAUAUAACCAUUCAUCCUACAUACAGUUGCCAGAUACUCAGGCCUUACAGUAUGAGAUUAAGUCAAGCACAAUCCAGAUGCUCCCUUCUUUCUAUAGGAACUUGAGUGAGGACCCAUACAAGCACAUAGACGAGUUUCUGGAAAUAUGUUCCACUGUAAGGAUCCAGAACUUCAAUGAUGAUGCCCUUAGACUGACUCUCUUCCCCUUCUCCUUGAAAGAUAAGGCCAAGCACUGGCAAAUGGUUGAUGCAUCUUGUGGGGGUGCAUUUAUGAGCAAAAGCGAGGAUGAAGCGUAUGCUCUUUUCGAGACCUUGAGUGAGAAUUCCAUUAACAAUGCAUCCUUGUAUUCCUAUGAACCCUCAAAGAGGGUAGGGGCUCUAUGA